GCUUUCUGUGGGGUUCGCUUACUUCCAUCUGAGGCAGGGGUCUUCAGCUGUCAGCCCCUCCAGCCUUCACCGCCUCCAUCACAAUCUGAGUUAAAAAGCUAAAACUAUGGCUCCUUUUGAGAAAUCCAUGGAGAUGAUGCCCUUCAAGCAGAGGAAAUGUCUUGCAACAAGAAAAGAUGAGGUGUGCAGCAUUCGGUCUAAAUUUCCCAACAAGUUACCUGUGAUCGUCGAACGUUACAUGCGUGAAAGGACUCUCCCUCUGCUGGACAAAACCAAGUUUCUGGUUCCCUUUGAGCUCACUUUGGGUCAGUUCCUCUGUCUGCUCAGGACCAAAAUUGCACUGGACCCAUCCCAGACCCUGUUCCUGCUGGUGGCAGAGAGGAGCAUGUCCUGCAUGUCCUCCAGCAUGGGGGACAUCUAUUCUCGCUUCAGAGACACUGAUGGCUUCUUGUACAUCACCUACGCCUCGCAGGAGGUGUUCGGAGCCUCUCAGCUGGCAGCCGGGCCGUGUUGAUGAGGCUGGGGGAGGUGGAAAAAAAAACUGAGCCAAAUGAGACUGCCUACCUCAUCAAGCCUCAACCCUUCAGCUCACACAUCCAGACAAGAAGAGACGUCUGUUUGACUUUCAUUUCAGAAGAAACUUGACCUGAACUCAAUGUGGACAGUUAUUUGAAUGCUUUUUUUUUUAACUGAGCGUUGAACUAUUUGACGUUUUUUUAGCUGUUUCACUUUGCUUCAUGCAGACUCUAUAAAACAAAGUUAUUUAAUGUGAUGUUUUGUCUGUUUUCAGGUUAAAAAUGUUAAAAAUGUGAAUGUCUGUAACAUCAGAGUUGUUAAACCAUCAGGUGGCUCCAACAAACCAGGUAAAAAGCAGCUGCCUUUUUCAGUUUGUUUUCUUCUUAGCACUCGCCUCCUCGUCUUCAUCUUUGCCCCCCAAGAAUGUGAACUUGUCCCACAGACUCAUCAUCAAACAUCAAGGUCCAUUUCUGCUGCUCUGUGUUUCUGUGUCCAAAGUAACAAAAAUAAAUUCUUAUUUUGAACCAUGAA